AUGAUGUGGCUGUUCCUCACCAUUUCUUGUUUCAUGCUCCUUGCUGAAAAGUCAGAAGAGAACCCCGAGGUGUCCAUGGAUGUUGGCGAAAUUGUGCGGUACCACGGGUACCCCUACGAGGAGCACGAGGUGGUGACACAGGAUGGAUAUUACCUCACCCUGCAGAGGAUCCCCCACGGCAGAGACAGCCCAGAGAGCUUCAGCCUCUCCCACAAGGCAGGGGCGCAGGCAUCCAACAUGUUCUGCCCUGCUCCAAAGGCCGUGGUCCUCCUGCAGCACGGCCUGGUGUUGGAGGGAAGCAACUGGGUCACCAACUUGCCCAACACCAGCCUGGGCUUCAUCCUCGCCGACGCUGGCUACGACGUCUGGAUCGGGAACAGCCGCGGGAACAGCUGGUCACGGAAACACCAGGAGUUUGAGUUCCACCAGCAGGAAUACUCAGCUUACAGCUUCCAUGAGAUGGCCAUGUAUGACCUUCCAGCGUCCAUCAACUACAUCCUGGAGAAAACGGGGCAGGAGCAGUUGUACUACGUGGCUUAUUCCCAAGGCACCACCAUAGGUUUCAUUGCCUUCUCAUCCAUCCCCGAACUGGAUCGCAAAAUCAAGAUGUUCUUCGCCUUGGCUCCCAUCACGGUGAACUCGAACAUGAAGUCCCCCUUGGUGAGGGUGUUCGACCUCCCCGAGGUGCUGAUUAAGAUCAUUUUAGGACAGACAGUGGUCUUUGAUAAGGGUGAGGUCCUGAAGCAAGUGAUUUCCAGAAUGUGCAUCUACCCCAUGCUGAAAACCGUGUGCUCUUUGGUCUUUUACCUGCCCGGCGGGUUUACCAACAGCUUGAACGUGAGCCGCAUGGAUGUCUACCUGGCCCGCUACCCUGACUCCACAUCCCUAAAAAACAUGUUGCACUGGCGCCAGCUCUAUCAGACAGGGGAAUUCAAGCAUUAUGAUUACGGCAGUGACAACGUGCUUCAUUACAACCAGACCACUCCUCCCUUCUAUGAGCUGGAGAACAUGAAGACCCCUCUGGCUGCCUGGUAUGGGGGCAAGGACUGGAUUUCAGCCCCUGAGGAUGUGAACAUCACCCUGCCCCGUAUCUCCAACGUGGCCUACAAAAAGUACAUCCCCGAAUUUGUGCACUUUGACUUCCUCUGGGGCCAGCAGGUCUACGAGCAGGUCUACAAAGAAAUGCUUGACCUGAUGGAGAAGGGCACCUAGAGCUGGAGCAGUGGCAGUGAUUGUUGGAUUCUCAAUGACUUCUGGGGCUUCUUUCAUCUUGAGGGGGGAAAUGAUUAAAAAAAGAAAAAAAAAAAAGAAGAAAAACUGGGGGGAAAAGCUCAAUAAACUGCUACACUUGGUCUGGAUUGAUAUUACUCUGGCCAGGGAGGAAGACCAGGCAAUUCAAUGACUGGGGAAGCUUUCUGGAUUGAGGUUCACUAGGGUGAGGUCCCUGCAGAAGUUGAGCACAGCCCUCACACCCUGAGUCUCCCACGUGCCUCCCUCACACCCAGUUCAGUGGAACUUGGCUUCUGGUGGCCACUGUGGACUCUGGGCUCCUUGAGCUUGGGUUCCCAGCUGCAAACAUCUGGCCAGAAGCUCCGUGCCCUCCUGGAUGCUGGUGUCCCACAGGAGCAGGUCUGCUGGGAUGAAGCCACGUGGUGGAUGGAUUCUGCUCGAUUCACCUUCUGGCAACACUUCCACACCAGGAAUCCCAACAUCUGGCACUCAGUGCCUUCCUCCACAGCUGGCAGGAGCUGUAAACGUCCUGCCUGGUGACAGUGAAGAGUGCCCAUAGGUUUGUAUCCAUGAGAACCUCCCACGUUACUAAAAAAGGGACACCUUUCUGAGAUCCACGCUGAUUUGGAUGAUCUUACUUAUGCACAAAGGAGUUUCAAUAAGCUCUAGCAGGAAAUACCAUUUUGCACCACUUUAAGCUAUUCUGAGGCACAAACCCAGCUGCAAAAACCAUCUUUUGCUGCCUCUCAGAGAGACAGAAGAAGAGUGUGGUGGAAAGCAGUAACGAGCCUAAAUCUGUUUUCAGCUUCUGCAUUAAAUUGUUCAUAAUACCUUGAUCAGAGGAGAAAUGGUAAAUUUGCCAGUUUGUGUAAUUACCUUCUUAAAAUAUGCCUGGGAGCAAGCAGGGAAAAGGAUAAGGUUCUCUUUCCACAAAUACGUAAUGAUGAGGAUGAUGAUGAUGAUGAU